AUGAUCAUCAUCGUUGUCCUUCUGUCAUUUCUCGCUCCGUUGGUGGUCCCGGCGCCCCAGCCAUGGAAAGCGUUAGAUCCUGAGCAAACGCUCUACGUGUACAAACGCUGUUUUGAAGAUCAUCUUCCAUCGGGAUCCACCAGGAGGGCUUACAUAAAGUUUUGGAUAGACUGUAAAUUGGAACCCAACGACCCCAUUACGCACUGCUAUGUGAAGUGUGCUUUGGCAGGAUUGCAAUACUAUGACCCAGAGAAAAACACAUUUAAGGCUGAGAGAAUUCCUAUUCAAUAUCAAGCGUACAAACAUUUCUUCCAAGUCAAACAAGAAGAAGUCUCGAAAUUUCAAAACGCUUUGGCUACUACCACUCCAAAAACGAACAGCUGUGUCGAUCUGUACAAUGCGUACAUACCGAUUCACAACAAAUUUUUGAAUGUGUCCCGCCAACUGUAUCACGGUAGGAAUGAGACUAAUGAUAUAAUUUAUGCUGCAAGGCCUGACAUCAAGCAAAAGUACGAAUCUUUCCAUGCGUAUUGUGAAAGGCGUGCUUGGAAGGAUAAGAAGCAGAGUGAAUGGAAGCAGGGUCGAAAUUACGAGCUCUCUGGUAGCCCAGAACUGAAGCAAGCGAUCGAUUGCAUCUUCCAUGGUUUGCGCUACAUGGAUGACACCGGUUUAAGGGUUGAUGAGAUUGUGCGUGAUUUUAAUCUGAUCAACAAGAGUGAGCUGGGACCCAAGGUCCGCCAAAUUCUGGAAACGUGCUCAGGGAGUGAAGCCUACGAUUAUUACUCAUGUCUGUUGAAUAGUGACCUAAAGGAAGACUUUAAGGAGGCAUUCGAUUACCACGAGCUCCGUUCCGCGGACUACGCUUAUCUACUGCUACAAAACGUGUACAUAGGACCGGAAAAGGUUAAGGAAGCUUUGAAGAAACUAACCAACAUUUGA